AUGCAGUACCGUGAAGUGGCCACAGCUCCGAUACGCCGCCGCCCUAGUUCCCUCGUAGCUCUUGGUGAAGGCGUUAAUACGUCAAACGCACAGAGUGACCCUCAUGGCAAGGCACAAAGCAAAGUGCCGUGGUACCGUAACACUUUCGGCGACACGGUUCCUCUUCCAGAGAUGCCUCCUGGGCCACUGGCUAUGGACCCGCCUAUAGUCAUCCCGGCGGACAUUCGACCGCUAGGUAGUAAACGUCGUUAUUUGCGUACAAUGCAGCUUUUUGGAGAUCCUUUAGUACCGGACGAGGAGAAUCGAGAACAAGAGUGUACAGACACAGAAUCUUCAGCUUCCCGCCAAAUUCCAUUGCUGCGCCACCAAAACUCAAUGUCCUCAAAUCGGCUCAUAACGAGUAAGCGAGAACGGAAAUUGGUGAGGUCUGAAUCACAUAAAGACUUGAUGGUGAGAAGGAACUCAAACCACUAUUUGGAGGAGAAGGAGACAUUACCUCGAGAGAAUGCCGACGCAGAAAGCCAACAUUUACCUUCUACCAAUGACGACGAACUUGCCAUAACGGUAGAUCAAGCACUACCGUCUACAGACAGGACUAGUCCCUCAACACAACUGACUCCUGAGACCGACGUAGAAGCACUUCCCAAUCAUAAUGCCGAUCGUAAUGGAGAAAACGCCACUGCAAGGGCUCUGCGUCUCCGUCGAAUUUCACAAAAAGGAACAUUUGACACCCAAGACAACCGCGACUACUUCGGCAAGACUGCAAAGGAGAAGUUCUACGCGCAGUACAAGCAGCUUUAUUCCCGACCAUAUCUGUUUAUGGACAGUAAAGCUGCUGUCGGUGUGACUCCUACCCUCGAAUCAGGACCGCCACAAGAGAAUGAACGUCCACGACAAGAUGUUGAUGAUUCUGAAAGCACGUUCGUCCCCGUGUAUCCAUCUUCGUUGGAAAUGAAACAAGUGAGCGACGAAUUGAAUCCGCCACGACUCAUUUCCAGAGCCUCGUCAUUGCUUAUGCCGAUUGAAAACGCACCAGAGCUGCCACUACGUGAUAAACUGUCCCCACGAGCUCACUUCUUGGCCUCCUGUGCAGCGAAAAACCAAGUAGUUGUGCCUUUUCUCAUCCGCAACAGAAACACAAAAGUGUUUGAUUUCUCGUUCCAAUCGCUCGGAGAUGCCUCCAUUUCAGCUUUUGCCAAGUGCCUCGUGCAUGAUUUGCCCCACGUAGAAGAGAUUAGUGUGCGGGAUAAUCGCCUGAGUGACGACGGACUAAAUGAGUUGCUACAAGCUGUAAGUGAAGGCAGUUUGACAAUGAAUCUCCGUCGACUGGACAUUUCGCAAAACCAAAUCGGACCAAAAAGUGCUCAAACACUCGAGUCUUAUCUCGUUUCACCGCAUUGUACCUUGGAAAUGCUCCACGUGGACAACGCUGACAUCGACGACCAUGAGUGCGCAGCCUUCAUGACGGCAUUUGAGAAGAACCAGUCGAUCAAGCGUCUUUGGAUGAGCAGAAAUUGCAUUGGCAAAGCAGAAAAUCUCAACGUUGUACAGCCAAAUUUUACCACCGGUGGAGAAGCUAUUGCCAAGAUGCUGCAUGUGAAUCCUGUGCUCAUACAUCUCGAUUUAUCAUGGAAUUAUUUACGACUAGAAAGCAGCAUUGCACUCGCGAAUUCCAUUCGUGAUAAUGGUACACUGGUGGAGCUCAAACUUGCAUACAAUGCGUGUUCGGAUGCCGGUGCCAUGAUGUUUGGUGAGGCUUUGCGCUUCAACAAGAGCUUACAGAUGUUGGAUUUAUCAUACAACAGUAUAGGCGUGAAGGGGGCCAUGGUGUUGGCAAAUGCCAUUCGUUCAAACCGAACUUUACGUAAACUUCAGCUUAAUGGCAACAAUAUCGGAAGAGAAGGCGGUCAAUUGUUCAUGGCUGCACUUUGUGCUAACCGAACCGAAGUCGGAUGUACAAUCGAACUACAUGCAUGCAACUUGGGCGCUAAUAUCAUGCCCAUCGGCACUUCAGCUCCAGCAGUUGUACCUAAAAGUAUGAGCCAAAGACCUGCAUCGGCAGCAUCCGUUGAUCGUGGAAAUGCUGCAGAAUUUAGCGUAUUAUCAUUGCCAGUAUAUAAUGCCAAGUCCACACGAAUAUUCAGUCCAAGAGAGCCUGCAGGCAGAUAUUCUCUUAACAUGAGCGAUGCCUACGACAAAAUGAUCGCGAUGGAGCUUGUGCGUCUAUCUACAACACGCAAAGGCUGCCGUUUUCUACGUAUUGAGUACAAGUCUCCGACUGCAGCCAAGAGAGCAAUUACACUCAUUAAAAAGGAGAAUCUUGUGGUUGAGCAGCAUAAAGGUGCUGGUGCUCACCGCAGCGAUGGAGAGGAAACCACCCUCGAAACCAGAGGACUGGAUGCAUUGUUCUCUAAUGUGGAUCGAGACAAAUCUGGAACUGUGGAUCUAGAUGAGCUCCUGGCUGUUCUAAAUCAAAUAGGACUUUUUCCAGAAAUGGAGAGUUUAUCUGCCAUGUUAGAGAAAUUUGACUACAACAGAUCCGGUUUUCUCGAGGAAGGCGAGUUCAGUGCAUUCUUCUUCCACGCUGUUUUCCAGAUGAUUGAUGAGGAUCAGUCGGGUAAAAUCGACGCAGAUGAGGUCGAAGAAGCGUUCAAGAUGUUGGGAAUCCACAAUUAUGACGAGAAAGAAAUCGAGAACGCAAUUACCACGUACGAUAUCAGUGGAGACGGCGAAAUGGAGGAGUACGAGUUCGUCGAGUUCAUGAAAGGACAGUUGUUGGAGAGAAUUAAGAGUAAAUUACUCGGACGAGACGAAGGUAAAGAAGACGAUGACCAGGAAAGAGCGCCUCUUGUCUCGCUGUUGGAUGCAUCGACUCAGAAGCCGUGGAUAAUCCCCGAAGACGGUCAAUUGGAGAUCGAUUUUGUCUACGAUCGCGAAGCAUUCGCCACAAACGACGAAGCUUUCCGUCAGGGCAAAAUCUCGCGAGUUGGACUUGAACUUUUGAUCCGAAAUAUCACGGAAGUAGCCACUUCCAAAGCUGAACAAGAUGACCUCUUCCAUGUCGCCAUGUACGAUUCUGAAAUUCGACUUACUGCAGCUCAAGCCUACCAGAUCCUCGAAGCUUGUCACUACUUGAAACCUGAAAGCAAGAAAAUCGAGACAAUUGCGCUAUUGCUGCCACAAAUGCUAACGGCAAAGGAGGCGCAGAUCCUCGUGGCCCGAACGUUGACACUGAUGCAACGAUGUCGUCUGAAGGCUCGAAUGGGCAGUGCGUACUCUGUUGUUCUUGGUAACCCGACAGCACAUUAUUCGUUCGAUUUAGCCAAGCUUAAAGACCGAAUUGCAUUGAACAAACUGGCCGAAGUUGCUCAGAGUGAAAAACUCUUUUCCAAGCUUCGAUCAGGACGCGCUGACACGUCCCAACAUGGCAAUUGGGAGAAUUUUCGCAAUGAAGAACUGGAUGGCCAUAGUAUCGUGCUUACCAAUACUUUCUUCCACUCACUGCCGCGUCGGGGCAAACUGUGUUUCGACUAUGUGAGUACGACGCGUCCCAAGAGAGGCACCACGCAGAUCAGUGAUCGACGGUUUGACCAGCUUAUUGACUUGCUCCAGAUGGACGUCGUGCUGCCGGAUGCGCUAGGUUCUCUUGGUCCUACUCGAGCUCAGAGAGCUAGAGGACAGCGACAGCCCAAGCGAAUAGGAAGGGGGUCUAAUGCUGAAGACAACAGCGAAGAAAUAGCUGAGCUGACUGGGCUAUCGAAGAUGAAAAUGAAGCGAACGGCGUCCAAUGAACAAUCCGAGUUCUGGAACAAGACCCGAGCUUCGAUCCUUAAGCGCGGCUGGGGCUUUGUAGUAGACCACGCGUACACGUUUCGCCUCACAGGUGCCACAAAGGAGAACGUGGGGCUUAAGCUCGUGCAGAUCGAGUCGGCAAUCUGCGAUCGGUGGAUCUCGUGUGAACAGGCCUCCAAGAUCAUUGCCUGUAUGCCAGCAUCAUUCCACGCUCGACCCGAGACGGCCCGUAUCCUGUUCUCGAGACUCAUUGACAUUCACAAUUUCUUUCGCAUCUACGACGCUAUGUCCAGAGCGGAGCAACAGGUGUGUUCGCACAUAUUAGGCUGGCUUAACAUCAUGAAUCCCAUGUCGCCGGAGCGAUUCUACGCGUUAAACUUGUCGAUCUACGACGAGCGCGAGAUGACCAAGGUCCUGGUAGAUUUGGCUAUCGGUGAGCCAGGUGAGAACUGGCUGAACCAGAGCUUCUCGCUCGUGCAGGGCGAACCAGGUAUCCCUGGAUGGAAGCUGCCAACUCGAUGGGAAAAGGAAGACAACAAAGAAGGCGGCGUGAACCGCGCAGGCUUCCUCGAGCUGGAAUAUUAUUCAGGACAAGAUCGAGGCUGUGCCCCCGUGCUCUCGCUGCGCAAGACGCUCAUGAAGCGUGUCCUGUGCGGAACUCGGCUCUACUGCCUGUAA